CCAUUGAAAUCUUCAGGGAAAUCCAUUGAAUAUUCGGAAUACUAGUGGUUCUUGGGAUUGACUUUUCUGGGAGCCAACUUAUUUCUUCGAAUCGUCGCAGCUUCAAGACGGCCGGCACAAUGUUGAAAGUCGUUGGUGCAUCGUGGCAAAAAACGCGGAUAGGGACCUACAUCCUAAUCGGUGCUGGUCUCUUGGUCAUCGGAGCCUUCUUCAUUGGUUAUAUGGAACGCCCGGAGUACGAUGGCACCUACUGUGCCACCGCCCUGUGGACCAAGCAGGUGGGCUUCCAAAUCGAAAACUGGAAGCAGCAGAACGAUCUGGUCAACAUUCCCACCGGCGUGGGCAGGAUUUGCUACAAGGAUUCGGUUUAUGAGAAUGGAUGGGCUCAAAUCGAGGUGGAGACCCAACGAACCUACCCAGAUUGGGUGCAGGCCUAUGCAGCUGGAAUGCUGGAGGGUUCGCUGACCUGGAGGAACAUCUACAAUCAGUGGUCCAAUACAAUUUCGUCUUCCUGCGAGCGGGACGAAGGCACCAAGAAAUUCUGUCACUGGCUGAGGGAACUCCUCACCUCCAACUACGAUCGCUUGAAGCGGCAGACUGUGAAGGCUGAAAACGAUCACUAUUGGCAUCAAUUGCAUCUGUUCAUCACCCAGUUGGAGGGCCUGGAGACAGGCUACAAACGUGGGGCAUCUCGAGCUCGUUCCGAUUUGGAGGAGGAGAUACCCUUCUCCGAUUUCCUGCUAAUGAACGCAGCGGCUGAUAUCCAGGAUCUAAAGAUUUACUACGAGAACUAUGUGCUGCCGAAUAAUACGGAACAUGCUGAGGAAUCUGGCACCGAUCAGCCAAAGAACUUCUUCCUCCCAAGUGCCUCCAUGCUAACGAAGAUCGUGCAGCAGGAGGAGUCGCCACAGGCACUGCAACUUCUCUUUGGUCAUUCUACCGCGGGUAGCUACUCCUCGAUGUUGAGGAUCCAGAAGCGCUACAAGUUUCACUACCACUUCUCGCCGAAGCUAAGGAGCAACACGGUGCCUGGAGUGGAUAUAACCUUCACGGGUUAUCCCGGAAUUCUCGGCUCCACCGAUGAUUUCUACACCAUCAAGGGUCGUCAUCUGCACGCCAUUGUCGGCGGCGUUGGCAUCAAGAACGAGAAUCUGCAGCUGUGGAAGUCGGUGGAUCUCAAGCAGAUGGUUCCUCUGGUGGGUCGUGUGAUGGCUGCCAAUAGGAUAUCCCAGAACCGACAAACCUGGGCCGCUGCAAUGACCAGGCAUUCGUUAACCGGAGCCAAGCAGUGGAUCACCGUGGAUCUGAACAAGAUGAAGGUGCAGGAUAAUCUGUACAAUGUUCUCGAGACCGAUGACAAGCAUGACGAUGCUGCAGUGACGGUGAAUGAGAAGGAUAGGACGGCGAUUCAACAGCGUCACGAUCAGCUGAAGGAUAUGGUGUGGAUUGCGGAGCAACUCCCGGGAACGAUGGCCAUAAAGGAUGUGACGCAGGAGUUUCUGGUGCCGGGCAACUCAUCGUGGCUGGCCAACGGGGUGCCCUACUUCAAGAAGGUGCUGGAAUCGAGUGGUGUGAGCACCAGCGAGGAUCAACAACAGCUCUCCUCUUCGGAUGAGGAGGAGCUGACCAGUCUGGCAGCCGUUGAUAAAUAUCUACGCACCCAUGGCUUCCGUGGCGAUCUGCUGGGCAGCCAGGAGUCGAUUGCCUAUGGCAACAUAGAUCUCAAAUUGUUCUCCUACAAUGCGAGAUUGGGUAUCACCGAUUUUCAUGCCUUCGCCGGGCCCGUCUUCUUACGUUUCCAACAUGUUCAGCCCAGAGCAGCUGAGGAUGGGGGCGAAAAUAGUGGUCAGAAUGGUAUUCAACCCUCCUCCCUGGUCGACGAAAGACUCAGUGUGAGCAUCGAGGAUGCGGAUAGCAGUCGCCUGGCCGAAAUGGAACUCAUUACGGAACGGCGACCGGUGCGAAAUGAUAUGAGGGCCAUUGCCAUGCGAAAGAUCGGCAGCGGACCCUUCAGGUGGUCCAGCAUGAGUCCCGUGGAGGAGGGCGGCGGCCACGAGGGACAUCCUGAUGAGUGGAACUUUGACAAGGUCUCCCCCAAGUGGGCGUGGUAGCUGAAGAGGAAGAGGAGAAUUCUUUUAUUUUAACCCGUAGAAUACCCAAUCGAAUUUGUGUACCCACAAAACCCACCUCCAUCCAUUUGAAAAACUGGAAUUCUGUAUUUAGUGUGUCUCUCGUCUUGUCUCGUAUAAUUUGUGUGUUCCUAGCUGGUACCAUCUUAUCUUACGUCCAUAGUCUUUUAGUGUGUACUGUACUUAUGUGCGUGUCCCAACUUGCGUGUCUUCCAGUUGAUGUGAACUUUUAAUUUCCCCUAGGCCUCUUGUAAAUUAGCAACCAAAUUGUAAAUCUAUUUUUUAGCAGCCAAUUUUUGUACUUUAGUAACUUUAUAAAAGAGAAAUAAAGAAAACAAA